AACAACUCUGGUCACACUAUUCUGUUUGAUCAACGGAAUUGCCGAAAAGAAUCUGCAAUAAAUAUUUGAUAUAAUUUUAAAGCUAUGGCUUUAGCCAAUAUUACAAGACGCUCCCUCGACGGAGUAUUUCGUUUGCGAUUGCGGCCACAUAUUAUUGCAGCAGCGACAUCGAACGUACUUAAUACUCGCGGCGCCGCAAAAUGGUAUCCAGACCCAGAAUUCAUGAAGCAAUUCAGUGGACCCGUGAUGUAUCCCGACGACGUGACAUCUUUGUGGAGUGUCCCACCAUGGAACAGCAAGGUGACGCCCGUGGAGAAAUCGGUACGAAAUUUAACCCUUAAUUUUGGCCCCCAACAUCCUGCUGCUCAUGGAGUCUUACGGUUGGUGCUCGAACUGGAUGGCGAGACUGUUAUGCGUGCGGAUCCCCACAUUGGCUUACUGCAUCGAGGCACCGAAAAGCUAAUUGAAUACAAAACUUAUACGCAGGCAUUGCCGUAUUUUGAUCGCUUGGAUUAUGUGUCGAUGAUGUGCAAUGAACAAUGCUAUUCGUUGGCAGUGGAGAAGCUGCUUAACAUAGAUGUACCGUUAAGAGCCAAGUACAUACGAACUUUAUUUGCCGAGAUCACCAGGAUUCUGAACCACAUAAUGGCUGUGGGAACUCAUGCUCUUGACGUUGGUGCUCUAACGCCAUUUUUUUGGCUUUUCGAGGAGCGCGAAAAGAUGAUGGAGUUCUAUGAGCGUGUCUCGGGAGCUCGCAUGCAUGCUGCCUACAUUCGACCUGGUGGCGUUUCGUUGGACAUGCCAUUGGGCCUUAUGGAUGAUAUUUAUGAAUUUUCAUCCAAGUUUGCGGAACGUCUAGACGAAGUGGAAGAUGUCCUAACUACAAACCGCAUAUGGGUGCAACGAACCGAAGAUAUUGGCAUUGUGACCGCUGAGGAGGCCCUAAAUUAUGGAUUCAGCGGGGUCAUGCUUCGCGGCUCUGGAAUCAAGUGGGAUCUGCGCAAGCAGCAGCCAUACGAUGCCUAUCACCUGGUUGACUUUGAUGUACCUAUAGGCACCAAAGGCGACUGCUACGAUCGCUACCUUUGCCGCGUGGAGGAGAUGCGUCAGAGUCUUCGGAUUAUCGAUCAAUGCUUAAAUCAAAUGCCAGCAGGAGAAAUUAAAACGGACGACGCCAAGGUGACGGCACCCUCGCGCUCCGAAAUGAAGACGUCAAUGGAGGCGUUGAUUCAUCAUUUUAAGCUAUUCACGCAGGGUUAUCAAGUACCUCCAGGGGCUACAUAUACCGCCAUCGAAGCUCCAAAGGGGGAAUUUGGAGUAUAUCUUGUUUCUGAUGGUUCAAGUCGUCCGUAUCGCUGCAAGAUCAAGGCUCCCGGCUUUGCUCAUUUGGCGGCGCUGGAAAAGAUUGGCAAACAACAUAUGUUGGCUGAUGUAGUUGCCAUUAUUGGUACUUUGGAUGUUGUUUUUGGGGAAAUAGAUCGUUAGAUCUAUUAAUAAUUAUAAAUUGAAAAUAUUGAUGAAUAAUAAAACUGCGAAGAAAAA